AUGUCAUCACCUGCUAGUGACAUGAGCAACGUGACGCUCACUCUUCCUGCUUUGAAGCGAUCAAGAAGUGCUAACAUCGGUGUCAUUACCCGAUCGGAAAAUGCCGUCUCAGCAAUCUUCAACAAAGAGGCAUCUGCUCUAACCUACAAGGAAAUUGGAACUCUCAAGGCCAAUCUCACGAUGUGCGAACGAAAGAAAAAGGAACUGGAAGAGCUUAAUCAGCAAAUUUCAAAUGUUCUAAACGAUGAUGAAGAUGCACUUGAAGUUGAAUUGGAAGAAGCUGAGAAAAUCUACCUUCAAAUAAAUUGUUUGAUGGAAAUGAUCACAACUAUGUUAGAUGACCGAGGAAAACAUUCAGCUGAAUCGGUCAAAGAUGACGACUGCGCAAGCGGAACAGGAUCCUACAAAUCCACUUCCCAACGUGGUGCUGGCCGAAACCAAGAUACUUGCCUGAAGUUGCCGAAACUGAAUUCGCCAACAUUUAGCGGAAGGUAUGAUCAAUGGCUACCUUUCUUAGAUUCCUUUGAUGGAGCAGUUCACUCAAAUGCAUCGCUCUCUGAUGUUCAGAAACUGCAAUACCUAAAAGGUGCCCUCAAGGAUGAACCGUUCCGUUUGCUAUCCCACUUGCCUAUUACAAACGCGAACUACUCAGUCGCAAGGGAACUUCUAAAGGAUCGAUAUGCUGAUGUCAAGAUGAUCUCACACGCUCACUUGGAAGCAAUUUUUGAAUUCACUCCAAUGAAGCAUGAGUCAUCCGCUGCAAUACGUCGCUUGAUUAACACCUGCACGGAAAACACGAUGGCACUGACAGGACUUGGACUAAAAAUUGAUCAAUGCGAUUUGAUCUGGGUUCACGUUUUGGCCAAGAAAUUAGAUCCUGAAACUAGAAGACAAUGGGAAUUUUCCUGCGCGGGAAGUGACAUGCCAAAAAUCAAGAAGAUGAAGAAGUUCUUGGAAAAACGAUCUCGCGCCCUAGAAGCAACGAAGGACCUCCAGUUACCUUCAAUUCAUAGAAAAAAUCAUCAAGGAAGUUCAGACCAAUCUGGAAACUCUAAGAAAGAUGACAAGGUACAGACAUACCACACGAACUCUGCUAAGACGAUCAUCUGCCCAUGCUGCAGUGGUGAUCACCGCGUGUAUCAAUGCACAAAAAUUCAGGAAAUGUCUAUUUCCAAUAGAAGACAAGAAGCCAAAUCAAAGCGAUUAUGCUUCAAUUGCCUGUCCCUUGGACACCAAAAUCAUGAGUGCAAGUCGAAGUCAACGUGCCAAACCUGUCGAAAGGGUCAUCACACGUUACUUCACAUCCAUACAGACCCAAACAAGCAACCAGGACCUGAAAAUAAGUUUGCGGGUCAUGGGGGUACUACCAGUGCCACUACCAUACCGGGAACUGUACUAAUUGAGGUGAAAACUGCAAAUGGCGGUUAUCACAAUUGUCGAGCCUUACUGGACAGCGGAUCUGAAUGCAGUUUCGUUACAACCAGCUGUGCUAACCGACUCAAGCUACCAAUCAAGAAAUUGACUCUUCAACUAUCUCGAGUUGGCGGAGGAGCAAAAACUGUGAAAUCUGUUUCUGUCAAUCUGGAAACAAAGGAUUCUCAGAAUCAAUCUCUACAUAUUGAAGCCUUUACUCUUCAAAAACUUUCUGGCUACCUGCCCAGAGAACGGGUGAAUAUACCGAACAGUUUGGAUAUCACAGGUCUUAAGCUCUCGGACCCAGACUUUGACAAACCACAGGAAAUCGAUAUAAUCCUAGGCUGUGAUGUCUACAACGACAUUGUUGGCUGCGAAAAGAUUAAGCUUACAGACAAGCUUUAUGCACGUGACACUCUAUUUGGUUGGAUGAUUAGCGGCAGAACACCCGGUCCUCCAACAACCUUCUUCAAGUCAUUUCAUGUGUCUAUUGACGAUAGUCUAAGGAAAUUUUGGGAACUAGAAGAAAUUCCUGAUUUCAAAAAGACAACAACAGAAGAAGAUCGAUGUGAAUCUCACUUUAAGGAAACAACCAUACUACAAAAUGGACGACUCACCGUGCAGCUGCCUUUCAAGCCCAAUAGUCAACUUGGCGACAGUUUAGCACAAGCAAAACGCAGAUUCAAUUCUCUCGAGCGACGACUGGAACAGAAUCCAGAACUAAAAGAUCGCUAUACCGCAUUCAUAGACGAAUUUCUUGAUAUGGGGCAUAUGGAGUACAUACCACCUGGAGAAAUUGAAAAGCCAGUUGAUAGCGUAUAUUAUCUGCCACAUCACUGCGUUUUCAAGGAAGAUUCUACUACCACAAAGCUACGUGUAGUUUUCGACGGAUCUGCAACAACAUCAACCGGACAAUCACUCAACGACACUUUGAUGGUUGGUCCCACGGUACAAGACGACCUCUACUCGAUAAUCAUGCGCUUCAGGUUCUACCCAAUUGCUUUGUCAGCAGAUAUCGCAAAAAUGUACCGACAAGUUGCUCUAGAGGACAAAUCGAAGGAUUUCCAUCGCAUACUUUGGAGAUCAAAUAAAUCGGAUGAAAUCAAGCAUCUCAGGAUGACACGUGUUACAUAUGGAAUAGUUUCGUCAGCGUUUUACUCAACAAGAUGCCUCAAUGAAGUAGCAAAUCAAUCUAAGAACCCAAUGAUCAAAGAAAGUCUCAAAAAUUGUUUCUAUAUAGACGACUUUCUUGGUGGCGCUAAUGAUAAGCAUGAAGCAGAAAGACUCAUCUCUGUUUUAUGCGAAGAGCUGAACUCUUAUGAAUUCCCUCUACGAAAAUGGACUUCAAGCAAUGCUAAAAUAAUUGAAGGAUUGCCAGAACAUCUCCGCGAAAAAUCGGAUGUGCUGGAACUUUUCUCUGACGAAUACAAAAUCAAGGCGCUAGGAGUCAGUAGGAAGCCCAAUAAGGACAUCUUUUGUUUUUCAACUGCCUUACCAGAGCUGAAACUGCUGACAAAGAGGACUCUUCUGUCCACAGUUUCAAAAUUGUUUGAUCCGAUGGUAUGGCUAGCUCCAUUCAUCAUCAAUUUCAAAUGUCUCAUGCAACAGCUAUGGGUCCAAGGUUUUGAUUGGGAUUCUGAAGUAAAUCAGAAAACCAAGGAAAAAUGGUAUGAGCUCACCGGAACAUUGCCUCAACUACUGGAACUAUAG